AUGGCGACCAACAACUUUUCAUUCUUUACGGCAAGUUUACGCCUCCCUGCUGUGCUAUUGGGUACGUGCAUUGGCCCGCAUGCCUAUGCCAUUCUCAAUGCACGCAAACACUACGAUAAUGCAUAUCCUCGCAAAUUCAACGACGCAAUAGCCGCAUCAGAGACGCUCGACAAGGAGACAAAAGCCCGCGUCCUUCGCGCCCAAAGUGCAUCAGACAAUAGCUUCGAGACCCUGGGUUACUUUGCUGCCGCAGUAGUCGCUGGCAAUUUUGCAGGCGUGGAGAACUCGUCGCUCAACUUUCUUAGUAUAGGGUAUCUGAUUACCCGUCUCGCCUACGUGGUGACUUAUAUCAAACUGCAGGAUAAUCGCAAGUACCAUGUUCUGCGCAGUAUUCUGUGGGAGGCUGCGUUUUGCUUUGCCUCUGCGCUUUGGAUUAAAGCUGGUUUGAAGAUGAUGAAAAAAUAA